GCGACAACCCGAGGGACAGCCCGAGGGACAGCCCGAGGGACAGCCGGAGGGACAGCCCGAGGGACAGCCCGAGGGACAGCCCGAGGGACAGCCGGACAGCGCCGGGGCCGGGGCCGGGCCGCCCGUGCGCGGGCGAUGGUGGCGGCGCCCGGGAGCGCCGUGCUGGCCGCGCUGCUCGCCGCCGGGCUGGCCGCUGUGGGCAGCUCGAGGGCUCACGGGCAGCUGGGGGCUGGGAGCCAGCCUGGGGUGUGUCGCUACGGUUCCAGGCUGGACUGCUGUCCUGGCUGGAGAAAGAACAACGACCACUGUGAAGCUACCUGUGGACAUGGUUGCAAGUAUGGAGAGUGCAUGGGACCAAACAAAUGCAAAUGUUUCCCUGGAUUUACAGGGAAAACCUGCAAUCAAGACCUGAAUGAGUGUGGACUGAAGCCACGUCCCUGCGAGCACAGAUGCAUGAACACACACGGCAGCUACAAGUGCUAUUGUCUCAAUGGCUACAUGCUCAUGCCAGAUGGCACGUGUGCAAGUUCUAGGACAUGUGCCAUGGUGAAUUGCCAAUAUGGAUGUGAGGAAGUCAAAGGGCAGGUGCAGUGUCUCUGUCCAUCAGGUGGCCUUCAGCUGGGACCAAAUGGAAGGACAUGCAUUGACAUUGAUGAGUGCUCCACUGGCAAAGCUGUCUGCUCCUACAACCGCAGAUGUGUCAACACCUUUGGAAGCUUCUACUGCAAGUGCCAGCUGGGUUAUGAGCUAAAAUACACCAGGGGCCACUACAACUGUGUAGAUGUAAAUGAAUGUGUGACAAACACACACGGGUGCAGCCUCCACGCAGAGUGCCUCAACACCCAAGGAUCCUUCCAAUGCCAGUGUAAACAGGGCUACCGAGGAAGUGGAUUUGAUUGUGCUGUUAUUCCUGAAAAGUCGGUGAAGGAAAUUACAAGAAACCCUGGAACAGCUAAGGACACAAUUAAGAAACUUCUUGCACAUAAGAGCAGUGUGAAAAAGCAUAAAACAAUCAAGAAUGCAAUCUCAGAAGCAGCUGUGACACCACCUUCUAAGACCCACUUGCAGCUGCUGGACUAUGAAGGUGGUAUUGAUCUCGGUGGGAGCUACAGUGAGGAAGAGAAAGAAACUGUAGCUGCUGCAGAAGAGGAGGCAGAAGAGUCAGAUGAAGAGGAGAAGGAAGAUUUUGAAAAUCAAAUUGAUGAACGAAGCCUUAGAGGGGAUGUCUUUUUUGAUUGCAGCUUCAGUCGAGGGGUGUGUGACUGGAAACAAGAUGCUGAUGAUGACUUUGACUGGAAUCCUGCUGAUCGAGAUAGAGGUGAUGGCUACUACAUGGCAGUGCCAGCUUUUGUGGGGCACAAGAAUGAUUUGGGGCGUCUAAAACUUCUCCUCCCUGACCUCAAACCAAAGAGCAGCUACUGCUUGAUUUUCAGUUAUCGGCUUGCUGGGGAGAAAGUGGGAAAGCUGCGAGUGUUCCUGGCAAACAAAAAAACUGCUCCUGUCUGGGAAGAGAGCAAAGGAAAAGACGAAAAGUGGAGAACUGGAAAAAUAGAGAUAUUUCAGGGGGCUGAAACAACGAACAAUGUCACUUUUGAAUCAGAACGUGGGAAGGGUAAAACUGGAGAAAUUGGAGUGGACAAUGUUGUACUAAUUUCUGGUCUAUGCCCAGAAGAUACCUGAUAAUGGACAUUUGAGUAUACCAGAUUGAAUCCUAUUUUUCACAUUUGCCUUAUUAGCAGUGUAUUUUUGUAUUCUUUUCUUCAUAAAAAAACAAAACUAUAAAAUUGUGCCUUGAAUCUAAUGCAACAAUGCAAACAGACUGAUGUGCAAGAUGCAGAUUACACUUUUUAAUAGUUCUUCUAACUUUAAUACAUGCAUUGAGUGUAACACUACUGUAUUUUAUAUUUCAAGGUCAGGGUUUCUGAAGUAUUAUUUGUCUAGCUUUUUUACAAAUUCUACAUGCUUUUAUUUCUUAAAAAUCUUCUUGAGGCUAUUCAUUAAUCUUCUAUUUCAUUUCUUCUACUCCAUAAGAACAUAAAGCAGUGUUUAAAAGAAUGUUACUACUUCUGGUGACAUAAUUAACUUCUUAGUGGGUAUGUUCCAAAAAUCAGUAUCCAUCACCCUGUGUGCAGUAAGGUAAUCACACACAGAACCAAGGUGUUUGUUUAUUUAAAUACUUGUGCAAAGAUGAGUGCUAGGUAAAUCCACAAAGCCAGCACACCAAGCAGGAAUUAACUGACCACUAUUUAUAUGUUGUUAAUCUUGAUAUAUUCCACUUACCUAAUAUAUAUUCAGUGUUUACUACUCUACUAUUGCUGAGUUGUGCUGAGCUGGCUUCUUAUCUUGGGCAGCCUGGUGGCCUCCAGUGUUCACUAUUGUACUAUUGCUGAGCUGUGCUGAGCUGGCUUAGUUAAUUCCUUCUUAUCUUGGACGUACUGCAGUAGCACACCCUUCCUCCCAAAUUUUUUUACCCCUCUGGGUCUGUGAUCUUUGAAACAUGUCAAGCCCCAAUCUUUAAUAAAUUAAUUCUAUUGACAAAUAAUUUAUCUUAGACUUGAGGUAAAUAUUCAAUCUAUUGAACAAGUGGGAAGAAAGUGACCAUUCCCUUUUUGAUGGAGCUAAGCAAGUUUUAAGUGGAUUCAU